AUGGCUGAAGAAUGCGAAAUGAGGUUUCCCAUGAAAAAGGUAUCAAGUACUUUUAAGCAAGAUCCCGAUUCCAUAUUUGCCAGCAAAUGGAUUGUAGUUGUCUUUGUAACUUUUGUCAUUGUUCAUUCAAUUGAAGAGGCUGCAACAAUCAUGCAUCAGGCAUGUAACACUCCCAGUAUUGCAGCUUAUGAAGUUUUUAUAAGAAAUAAACAAACUGGAAAUAUCAACGGCAUUCAGUUCGAUCGCCAAGAUUUUUUCGGGAAAGGUGGCUCUGAUUCAGUGCAAAGUGGCACAUUUAAUGGUCAAAGAGUAGCAAUAAAAAGAAUCGAGUUGACCAAAGGCACGGAUCAAUCAUUUGGCAACGAGUUUGAAACUCUGCAGCAGUUAGAGCAUCCGAAUGUCGUCAGACUUCUUCAAUGUGGAAAUGACAACAACUUCAGGUACUAUGCAUUCGAAUGGUGUGGCGCCUCGUUAGAUCAGCUGUUUUUGAAGGCGGAUGACACUCGAAAAUAUAAUGGGCCUAUGCCACACCAUAUUGAUAUUUCGCUUCAGUUAGCUUCAGGUCUCGAAUACAUCCAUUCAAGGAAUUUAGUUCAUGGAAACAUUAAACCAGAAAAUGUUCUGAUUUCGGCGGGAUCUGCUGGCCAAGAUGAGAUAACACUCAAAUGGGCAAACUCUGGACUGACCAGAUACGCCAGUAAACGAGCAAAGAUAACAAGUCAAGUGGGAGGAAACAAUGCAUGGUUAGCCCCAGAGUUGCUUUUGCUGAAAUUGGGUGGCAACUUGCAUGGAAACAAGUAUCAAGGGACCGUCAAAAGCGACAUCUUUGCACAAGGACUCAUUUUCGGUAGUCUGUUCUUGAAUGGGGAACAUCUUUACGGUACCAUGGAAAAUGAAGACGAAAUAACCGAAAACAUAACGAACGGAAAUCCCAUCAACAUGCAAAAAAUGAAUCGCAUAUUAAAGGACUGUUACGAGGAUGAGAUUUUUAAAAGAAUUUUGGAAAACGACCCCAAUAAAAGGAUGACAUCGACAGCAGUUGUUAAUCAACUAAAAACCAUCAAGGAUAAGAUUUCUGGAAAAGAAAAAGAAUUGCUUCGGUUAUGUGCUCGUGAUUCUCCAUUGGAGUAGCUGGUUUUUAGAACCGGGUUUGGGAACUGGUUCUUAGAACCGGGUAGUGGAACCGGUUAUAGGAUCUGGGUCCCUUUUUUGUUUGGAACCGGUUUGGAUCUGUUUACCCACGGGUAAGAAAAUGGACGAUCUGCGAACUGUUAGAUCCGCACUGAAAGUCAAAAUUACCUAGCCGAUCGGCGCGGGGCCGAGCCCUACUUCCUCUAUUAAAAGAUUCUAGUACGUUUUCAGAAUGUAUCGAUACUAGGGAUCGGUCCCGAACCUAGUCGGGGCGCAUUUUUGCCAAUCGGAUUUCGAAAUUCGGGGCUCGGGACGGAGAGUUCGGGGUGAAAAUUUUUGAACCGUAUCGGGGUGCCUAAUCGGGGAUUCAACCCCGAUUGCAAUUAAGCCAUCGACGUAAAAACAUAAUCGAUGAGCCGAAAUCGAUUAUUAUGAUGAGAAUCGGGGAGUUCGCUCCGGUUGCCCCGAUAAAAACCCGACCCAACUUCGUAGUUUCAAUUCAGCCGCCAUUUUUGCGAAUGGCGACGGGGCAAGCGGGUUAGCCUCACUUUUGCCCAGCCCCGGCUGACGAUGUGCAACUGAUUCAGCCCCGAUUGACCUUUUCCGGGGUGGGGUAGGGCGGUUAACCCGAUUUUGGCUAAUCGGGGCCAAUCGCUAAUCGAUACAUUGUUUUUUUCCAAAUAAGGCGGAAAUGAAAUAAAGGACGAAGCCAAUGUCAGGUGGAAAAGUGAUGGCACUUACUAUUCAGCCCAUAACAAAUCGUAGACUAGAUGAAGAAAUAUGCUGCACGGGAGUACUGACUAUUAAAGAAAGGUUUAUGCAUUAUUUGGUCCACAAGACGGCAAAUACUAUUAGCUAAAAUCAAAAAUCAAAAACGAGCAUUACAAAAAAAAUCGA